AUGCGAGAUACCCAAUUAGGCCAAAGAGAAGAUGUGCUUUGGACCUUGCAAGACGAACUUGACGAAUGGAGGUCUCUGGUCCAAACUCUCCACCCAUCAUCCGCGUCUCUGUCGUACCCUUACAACUAUUGGGAUCGACUGUAUCAAGGGACAACAUUCGUGCUGCACCGAGCGAGUCCUCUCUGUCUUCAACCUUCUCCACGCUCAAUUGAGAAAUGCUUGAGGUCGGCUGGCGCUUAUCUAGAAGACUCAGCCCAGCUGUUGCGGAACAGUAAUGUGCCCUUGUCACUGAUGCUUGCUCAGGGUGUAAUAUUCGCCGGCCUGACAAUGUUGAUUACCGCGAAGACAGAUUUCCCCAGGCUCGUUGAGCAUGCGGGGACGUCACUCCUGAGUGAUGCCUUACCAGCCUGGACUCGAAAGUGCUCUGUGUGUCUCGCGAUCAUGUGCGAGCGCUGGGGGAAAGACUUGCCGGCCGGGUUGGAGGCUAAAUUUGAGCUUCUAGCAGAUGACUGUUUUAAAACCAUAUUCUCUGGGCUUAUAUCUCAAGCCACGGGCUCACCUCCUCAACAAGGGAAUUCCUCCGCAAACGCUGCACAUGUAACGCAGCAUCAAAGAGGUUGUGCUGAAGUUUUCGCCAACGGCCAAGAUGGCAGAAUUUCUGUGCAGCCUGAUGCGGCUGCACCCAGCGCUGAGGAUUGGUCUGGUCUGUUCGAGGAGUUCCUUGGCAUUGACCAGGCCGAGACGUUUUGGGACUUCAGCCCACUAGAUCCUAUUCAGUAG